GUGGCCACAUAUUGGAAGUCGUGUGAACGCGUAGUAUACCUUGUUGUAGCUCUAUAUAUAUAUAAUACUACCCCUAAGAGGUUACAUAUAUUCCGCCGAACCAUUACUGACAGUGUUAACCUCAGACUGAAGAAAAUACAAGUAGAAAGAGUUGGAGCAAGAUCAUGAGGGUGUUUCCCAGGUUCAAGUUUCUGUCACGAGCAGUGCACGAGGAACACGAGGGUGAGCAUGAUGGGGAGAGAAGCAGGUACCCUUUAACGGAAGGAAGCUUGUGCACGUCCUUAACGCUAACAGUUUGGAAAAAAUCCCUAGUGAUUAGUUGUAAAGGGUUCACCGUCAUUGAUUCGUAUGGAAACCUUGCUUAUAGGGUUGACAAUUACAUCGGGCACCCCAAUGAAGUCAUUCUUAUGGACGCUUCAGGAAACUCUGUCCUCACUCUGCGCCGCUCCAGGAAGCUGGGAUUAGUAGAUAGCUGGUUUGUGUAUGAAGGGGAAAGAGGGAAGCAGGGUACGAGAAGUAAGUGGAGUAAAUCGAAUAACAGUCCAGUUUGUUGUGUAAGGAAGCGUGUGAAUAUUUUAGACGGCAAGCCCAAGGUUCAGGCCUACGUGUAUCGUGUAGCAUCGGACUCAGAUAAACGACAUGCGGCAUUCACAGUUGAAGGUUCCUAUGCACAUAGGACAUGUAAAGUGUUCGAUGAGUGCAAGAAGGCUGUGGCUGAAAUCAAGAGAAAGGAGGCCAAUAGCAAAGACGUCUCUUUCGGGAUAGAGAUUUUUCAAUUGGUUGUUCACCCUGGCUUUGAUCCUAGCUUUGCCAUGGCACUCGUUUUACUACUGGAUCAAAUGUUUUCGAACAAUGAACGCACGUCAAGCAAGAAGCUAGACAGAGCAGCGUUCACGUUUUAUUUGGUUUGAGGUGGAAAACCGCUGUCACGUACAUUCACAACGUGGAAUCAAAGAUGGCUUAACCUGUCAAAUUAUAUCUUACGAAUGGGAAUUCAUUUCUUA